AUGCCAUCCUAUCCGGCACCAUGCCAGAGCUACGCUCCAGCACCAGUCUUCCAGCCUUACGUUGCUGCACCAGCCGUUGAUUGCUGCUGUCGAUGUGGUGUACCAUGCCGAUUCAGACACAGACACCGAACCCACGGUUCCAAGAUUUUCGCUGCCGACUCACUUGAAGAGGAGAUGGAAGCCACCUGUAACAGCAAGAAAUUGAAAAUGAUCAUUGAAGACAACAUGACCACCGAUCCGACUAUUUCAAAACGUGCCAUUCAAAAAGCGGCCGAAGAGAAGCUGUUCGGCAAAUUCAACGUGAUCUGCGCUAAUGGAGAUUUUACCUACAUUGCCUACACUGACACCUUCUGCCAAGCAUCCAACGAAGAUAUCACUUGCUAUGCUUUCAAGCCAAUGUAA